ACAAGUAUUGAUGACUAAUACUUUAAUAUUAGCAUAUCCUAGUGCCUGGGCGCUCUAAUAUAAACCUCCACAGCACCAUAGAUUCCAAGCAUCAAUAAUAAUGAGAAACAACAACUUCAGGAACGACUUCAUUUUGCGAAGGAUAACCAAAUACUAUUGAAAUGCAAAGUUUCCAUUAUCUAUCUCUAAAAUGACGCUACUGUUAAAUCUUCCUCUUGAGCUCUUCCAAGAGGUUCUGCUCCAGGCUGUACUCGUCCGCUCACCAAUAAGAGCUUUACGACUCAGGCUAGUAUGCAGUGAGUUUGGGUUCUACUUCUUUUCAAUCCUUAUAAUCUAUCAACCACUAACAAGCACUAGAGAAAUUUUCUCAGCAAGUUCAAUUUGUGCUUUUCCAACGGCAGCUAUUGGACGACUGCUUUUUUAGAUAUAUGAUGCGACUAGAAUGGAAUCACUGUGAGCCAGCCACAUUCUGGCAUUCAUACUUUUCCCAGCGGACUUUGAACACCGAAAACCCUCCGCAUGUCAACUUUCAUGUGAUAGGCGGUAGGCACUAUCAUGUGAUAAACCAUACGCGCAUGAUUGCGGAACGUAUCUGUGAGGAGACUGACAUCGACCUCAAAACGGCAAUUGAAGCUCUUUGUUGGCUAGCGAUGUACCAGGCAUACCACUUCUCCGAUGACACUAGACAAUCUGGACUAACAUCAGACAACCUCGAGGCGGAUCUCUUCAGCGCUGCAGCGUACCUUAAUCUUGUUCCUAUGACGAGAAGGCUACUUCAAGCUGAUGAUUGCCUCGAAGAAGGGGUUGAAACCUUCUUUCCUUCACCUAUAAUCUUGCCACGGUAAGGGUACGUUUCAACCUCAGACUCAACUAUGUACAUUUCCAAUUCGGCGCCUUCUUAUCAACAGUUUCUCUCCUCAUUCAUAAAAUGCCUUUGAUUUAAGUAGUUACUAAAUCUUUGAUAUUUAGGUGGCAGGAAAUACAAAUAUACUUGAACUUUUCCGAGAUUAUAUUCAUCAACACUUCCCUGAAUCGAAAGGAGCCGACAAUAUUACAACCCGAGAAUUUAGAAUCGAAAAAUGGGAGACAAAAUUGAACAAAAAUUUAUCGAAGGUGCCGCAAUGCUAGACGAUACAAAAUUGUUCCGUUCAACUAUAUAUCCGACCAAUGGAAGUCGCAUAAUUGGGCCCAUGGGCCGGAGCACAUUCGAGGGGAUCCUUUGUGGUAAAUAUCGUGCACAUAACGUUGAAGUAUACGAAUAUCUUGGAGACCUACUUGGAAAGGAGGCCAGUGUCCGUUCGAGUGCUUCGAUGCUGGGGAAACACGCUCGAUUAGGCAACAUUAAAAUGGUUCGAUUUCUCCUCGAUUCAGGCAUUGACAUUCAUGGUAGUACAUUAUGCGUACCACUGGUUGAAGCUUGCCGUGGAGGACAAGAAAAAAUCGUAGAUCUCUUACUAGAGCGAGGCGCCGAACCAGAUUUUCCUCUCAACAUCACACUCCCCGAACUUGAUUCCUGGGAAGAUAGGCUCGGUCAUGCGACUUUCAGCUAUUAUAGGGAGAGCUUUCAUACUGCAAUGGUAUGGCAGCUAAGGCGGGGAGUCUAUCCAUUAUUCAAAAGCUGAUCAAUUACGGUGCUCAUUUAAAUCAUCCGAUGACCGGGGAUGUUGCAUUAGGCUAUGAGGUCACAUACGAAUAUACGGAAAUAGUGAGAUUUCUUCUCGGAUCUGGUGCUAUAUUCUUAUUCGCUAAACGACGCAAUUUAAAAGAUACAACCAAAAAAGGACUUGAGUCUAUGGUGGAGCUGUUGAAACAUGAUAUUGCAGAUUUUGAGGCUAAGAGAGCAGUCAAGGGCUCCAAGACAUCUUGAGUACUUUUAAGAGUACACAUCUUCUUUCUGAUCAGAAGCUAUUUGAACCUUCCGACAUUCGAGAAGCUGUCUUUCUCUGACAAUAGUUUAGUUACCUCCUUGUAUUUACCAAGUUACACAAACUCAGUAUUUAAAUGACAUCAUAUCUUCAAGAAAUUCAAUGAUUUGGC